CGUAAAUUGUAAUUUUGUCUGCUUUGCCCGUAAAAUGAGUCAUAGCACACAGUUCAGCAGGGACAUGCGUUUAUCGCAUGAAUUAAACAAGACAUAAAGUGUCUAAAAUAAAUGUGCACAGUUCAGCUGAAUGAUGAAGUUUACUAUGUAUGCUUUGCACAAUAUUAACAAACUCUACAAUGAAACAAAAUAACCAGAAAAUUACUAGGUGAUAGAGCUCGUGGUUUAUCUGAUGCGCUCUCGACCACUGAUCUAUGCUCGUGACGUUUUCUUUUAUAAUUAUCAUUGGCUGAUAGAAAUCUUUUAAGAAAUAGUAGGCUAUUUUAGAUGGUAAUAAGAUCAAGUCCCUCGAUGACGUCAUGAUCUAUUCUGUCGUGCAGCGCUCAAAAUUGUGGACAAGCCAGUUCCACCGUAAAAUAACCUCUGCAUCUUUUUUUCCCCUUGAACUGGUGCAUUAAAACUAUCUAUCCAAAUCAGGAAACUAAUCAUACUUCUAAUCACUAUUAGCGAGCAUGAGGGAGGCGAAUGAAAAUAAUCUUUUAUCUCACAACUCUUGUGUAAAUACGGCUUUUAGCGAGCAUGAGGGAGGUGAAUAGUGCUUCUCAAACGAAAAAUUCAGAUGAUCAGUACCGACUCGUUUUCUUCAGUUUAUUUUCGUGAAUUUAAAUGUGUGCAGCUUUCGUAGGAUGCAGCCUUCCGUUUGAGAGACUCCCAUAGAUCAGCUUUGUUGAACUGAAACAGGCUCUGAAUGAGGAGUCGAUUCCCCCUGAUGGAAUCGACUCUCGAUUCCCAACGCCUCAGAAUCGAGGAAUCGAUUCUUUUCGGAAUCGAUUCCCAGCCCUAUUUCUACUAAAGCCGACUGAGACAGCUACCGGCAGAAACACAGGUUGAAUCCGAAGAAAACGGUUUACGCGAACAGAAACAGUGUUGUUGUUUUAAAUCGAACCGGUUAAUUUUCUUUCCCUUUUUAUUUUUUCAUAUCAUUCAAUAACUGGAUUCAUAGGUAAAGUGUAAACGACUUUAAACGUAAAUCUUCAAGAACGAGAUGGCUCGAGGAGAGGGCACAGAGCAGUACUCCAAUACCAGUCUCCUUCAAAAACCCAGCCCAGAUGGAAUCAGACUGGCGGCAAAGCGUAAAUCAAGGGGCCAGUUGUCUGUAUGCAGCAAGUUGUGUUAUGCCAUUGGGGGAGCACCAUAUCAGAUAACAGGAUGUGCAAUCGGCUUCUUCCUUCAGAUCUACCUGCUGGACGUUGCUUUGUUGGACCCAUUUUAUGCCUCCAUCAUCUUGUUUGUGGGUCGAGCAUGGGAUGCCAUCACAGACCCUACGGUGGGCUUUCUAAUCAGCCGGAGUCCCUGGACCAGAUUUGGAAGAAUGAUGCCCUGGAUUGUACUGUCUACCCCAUUUGCUGUGCUAUGCUAUUUCCUCAUUUGGUACGUGCCAUCUGUUGACCAAGGCAAGGUUGUUUGGUACCUGAUCUUCUACUGCUCCUUCCAAACAUUACAGACAUGCUUCCACGUACCGUAUUCUGCACUUACUAUGUUUAUCAGCACUGAGCAGAAGGAAAGGGAUUCAGCCACAGCCUAUCGAAUGACUGUUGAGGUUUUGGGCACGCUCAUUGGCACUGCUGUUCAAGGUCAGAUCGUGGGAAUGGCUAGCGCUCCUUGUAUCAGCGCUGGCGAGGACCUGAACUCUACCGAUCUGCAGGUGGCUUCCGAAGUCAACAUCACUGAGCCUCAUGUUUCACUGGAGCAUCUGAGAAAUGCUUAUAUGAUCGCAUCUGGUGUCAUCUGCUCAAUUUAUGUCCUCUGUGCCAUGGUCUUGUUCCUUGGUGUGAAAGAACAAAAAGAGACCUGCAGGGUUAGGACUGAGCCCAUGCCGUUCUUCCAGGGCAUUCGUAUGGUGAUGGGUCACGGCCCGUAUGCCAAGCUGGUCAUGGGCUUCCUCUUCACCUCUCUGGCUUUUAUGUUCCUGGAGGGAAACUUUGCACUGUUCUGUAGCUACACCCUUGGCUUCAGAAAUGACUUCCAAAACAUCCUUCUCGUCAUUAUGCUCUCCGCCACACUUGCCAUCCCAUUUUGGCAAUGGUUCCUCACAAAAUUUGGCAAGAAGACUGCUGUGUUUAUUGGGACUACAUCUGUGGUGCCUUUCCUGAUCUCCGUCGUCUUGGUGCCCAGCAAUCUUAUUGUGACGUACAUCGUGUCCUUUGCCGCUGGAGUCAGCGUUGCAGCGGCCUUCCUCCUGCCAUGGUCCAUGCUUCCCGACGUCGUGGAUGAUUUUAAAGUCCAGAAUCCUGAAUCUCAGGGCCACGAAGCCAUCUUCUACUCCUUCUAUGUGUUCUUCACCAAGUUUGCAUCUGGAGUUUCCUUGGGGGUCUCAACUCUUAGCCUUGAUUUUGCCGGCUAUGUGACGAGAGGUUGCACACAACCUGCCGAAGUCGAUUUAACAUUGAAGAUCCUGGUGUCUGCUGCUCCGAUCUUCUUCAUCAUUAUCGGGCUGCUAAUAUUCAUCUCGUAUCCAAUCAACGAGGAAAAGAGACAAGGCAACAACAAACUGCUUAAAGAACAACGAGAAAAUGAGAUCGACUCGGACUCCACUGAGCUCAAUGUGGUUUAAUAGCACCAGAACACUAGACCGAACAUCGUGCCAAUUGCAUCGGACCAACAGAGCCAAAACAAACUGAGUGGAUGCUUUGAACCAACCAUGCUGCCUUGUGGCUAAAAGCUUCCACCCAUAUCACCCUUACACGACCCCAAAUCAACUUGAAACGUAACCUUUGCCAGCUCAAGCUCAAAGUGCCUUGCCAUUUCCAGUUGCAAGUGCUUAUGGACGCUAGAAGCGUUUCCCUGAGUUGCACAAGGCUUAUGUGUGGCCAGUAUUUGUGCUGCUCGCUGGUAUAGGAUCUCAAAGCAGUGUCCAAAAAAGCCAGCUUUUGAGAAGCACACAUCUAAACUGCACUAAAAAUGAUCUGAGGUGGGACAUGUCUACCAUAAGAAGAAAUUGGAACAUUUUAAAAAAAGGUUUUUAGGUGCUAAAACCAAAAAUGCAUCGUGAUUGAAAGGUACAUUUUGGGAGGAAUAUCUGUGAAACUGUACACAACUAAGUAAUAUUUGUAUGUAAUUUAAUAUUUAUGAAUGCUUUUGUGCAUCUAACUGGAUAAGCAGACUUGAAACAUUGAGACGUGAGUGGGGUUUGAUUACAUCGAACUUCAGUAUUGUGCACAAAAGGUUAUUGUUUAUUUCUUGUAUUACUUUCCUAUUGUGCUGCUUUUCAUCUGUCUCUGCUCUCUUGGGGCAAACAGAGCUCUUUUAGAGGGAUGCGCUGAGGGAUGAACUCACAAAUUUGGUCCCUCAACACCUUCAGAUGAUAUGCUUCAGAUCAGAGGAUCUUAUUCGAUUAAGUUCUGGAUGGGUUCACUAAAGUGUGGAUGAAAGUGUUCCUGAUAAAUGAGGAUAUGAACUAGCAGGACGCCAUCCGACUAUGUGGGGUUAAAAUGUACGAUCCAUUGCUUAUUUUGUGAGGGGGAACAAGAUUAAGUAUUUAUUACUUUUGUUUUAGAUCGUAUGUUGAUUUGAUUAUGUCUGUUUCUCCCAUCUUCCUUAAUUUAUCUCGUUUAAGGGCCUCCGUUACAUGAAAUAAGGGCAAUUAGAGCUGGCACUGCUGAAUUAUGUCUAAUAUGCCAUUAAUUCCUAUGGAAAAGCCAAUCUGUGUGUUUACAAGUGACACUGCUGUUUGUUUAGGUGCUAAAUUAAUCUGAUUUCUGGUCUGUUCGUUUUCGUGUCAGUGUCCGUACAGUAGUUGUCUCAAAAGUGCUUUUAUUAUUCUAUUGUGCUCUGCCUGUAACUUCUGUGUCAAAGAUCUGAAUGCCGAGUGUUUCUCUACCAUCUGUAAGUACUGUGAUAUAUGUACAUAGACCAUCUGAUCAAAUUUUCUGUUUGGGGAAAUUGUAAUGGCUUGUAAAAAAUAUUUGUGUAAAUGUCUUUUUUUUAUAUGUACAUAUGAUAUGCAUUGAAAUCUCAUCAGUGCAUGUUUGGAGUCAAUACAGUUUUCUAACAUGUGCCAAUUUUGUGUUGAUGCAUCUGUGAAAAUGUUUGUUAAUAAAUACUUAUUAAUA